AUGGCGACAGUAGACGAGAAGUUCGAUACGGUGUCCCCGACUUAUGGCAUGGGAGCCGACCAAGUUGAGGACUUGAAGCAGUCGAUCACAGUCGAUACUCUGCAUAACGAUGAAGCCGUCCGAGUUCUGGCCAAUUACCAAGGAGCACCCGAAUGGGACGAAAAGGAAGAGAAGAGACUCGUCCGGAAGAUCGACCGUCGUCUCCUUUCCAUCCUAUGUGUCACCUACGGAUUACAGUACUAUGACAAAGCUAUGUUGUCUCAGGCAGCAAUUUUUGGGCUCCGGACCGAUCUCAAACUCACGGUCGGUAUACGCUACUCGCUGGCUGCUGCUAUCUUCUAUCCUGGAUUCAUCGUUGGUGCCUAUCCAGCCAUCGUCCUGGCCCAGCGAUAUCCGAUUGAGCGAGUGAUAUUUGGGAUCGUGUUGCUAUGGGGUAUCUGUUUGAUGUGCACAGCUGCCGUGCAGGAUCAUCGGGGACUGUAUGCUCAGCGCUUCUUCCUGGGGGCGCUAGAGAGUGGUGUGAGUCCAGCUUGGAUGCUUGUGGUUGGCGGAUGGUACAAGAAGCAAGAACAAGCCCUCCGCAUGGGCGCCUGGUACUGCAUGACCGGCUAUGUCUCCAUCAUUUCUCCACUCAUCAACUACGGCCUUGGCCAUAUCACGGGAUCUCUGAGCCCAUGGAGGUAUAUGUACAUUGUCGCUGGAGCUGUCACGAUCAUAUGGGCUUUCGUGAUCCUGUUCCUCAUGCCACCGGAUCCCAUCAGGGCGAAGAGAUUCACAGAAAGGGAGAAGUAUAUCGCUGUCGCCCGGAUGCGGGUCAACAACUCUGGCGUCAGGAAUACGCACUUCAAAUUCGAGCAACUACGGGAACUGCUUACAGACCUGAGAUUCUGGUUGUGUUUCUUCAUUGCUCUCACCAUGCUUGUGGCAAACGGACCAGUGUCCUCCUUCCAACCAAUCAUAAUCAACGACCUGGGUUUCUCCGGCCUCAACUCCCUCCUCCUCGUCAUGCCCGCCGGUUUCGUCAUCGGCACCAUCGAGCUCUCCGUCCCGUAUCUUUGCUACCGGGUCAAGGGUCUCCGCGCUUAUAUGGUCGCUGCGACCGUCUGCCUCACUCUCCUCGCAUCUCUCCUGCUCUGGCAGCUUCCUCAAAGUGCUACGGGAGCGAAACUCUUUGCACUUUAUAUCCUUGCUGGAUAUGGGGGCGGAUAUGCAGUACUUAUGAGUUUGCAAAUCGCUAACACGGCCGGGUAUACCAAGAGAAGUGUUGGUAGUAGUGGCAUGUUCGUUGGCUACUGUUUAGGCAACUUCAUGGGUCCACUUGUGUUUAUUGAGAAGGAGAAGCCGUAUUAUACUACUGGCUGGAUCGUUACGGUUGCCACGUCUGCAAUGUGUAUUGUCCUAGCCAUUGCCUAUCGCCUCGCCUGCGUGAGGGAGAACAAGAAGAGGGAUCGAGACGGGGCUGAGGCGUUUGAACACGCAUACGAGGAUGAUUUGACGGAUGUGCUGAACAAGCAAUUUCGGUAUACACUGUGA